AUGAAUCCAGCCCCUGCUCAGACGACAGACUCAUGGGAGGAGGCCGUUGCAAAAUAUGUGAAAAGCCUGGAUCCUGACAAACAGCGCGAGUUCCAAGCGCCUGCCACUGUCGAGGCAUGCUUACAGGUUUUAUCCACAAACGGCACGAGAAAAAGAAGCUUCACCCGGAUAGCCGAGUUUCUGGGACCGGUCAUUGAUUCCCUGAAACGGCUAGAGGGAACUCUCGAUGUGAUUGUACAAGUCAACGCUGGGAUUGCGUCACCAAUAUGGGGUCCGCUUCGCAUGGCAAUCACGAUUGCCUGUCAACACGUUUCAGCUCUGGAGCGACUUGCGUUUAUUGUCGACAAGAUUGCACAAUCGGUUCAGCGAUAUCAGGAUCUAGCAGCACUGUUUGCUUCCCACGCCGGAGUCCGGGAGGCAGUCGGGCGACUAUACUGUGAGCUUCUGCGGCUAUGCACCUGUAUGGUCAAGUAUCAGACACGUCGACUUCGAUACAUCUUGAAUCCGUUUGGAAAAGAAUUCGCGUCCAUCUCGGAGUCGGUGGACAAUCGGGCAGCGGAGAUAGACCGUGCUGCUCAAGCAGCUCAUUUCUUGGAGGCCAAGGAAGUGAGGGAGAGAUUGGCCCAAGAGACGCGAGUCGAGGAUGACUUGCAGCGAUAUCUUUCCCAGUAUACAGACGAAUCUUGCGACUGGGUGCUGCAGUCUGAUCAAUUCCAGAAAUGGCUCUCGUCGCCCAGAAACGAGAGGCUGCAAAUUGUCGGUCGCCCUGGUAGUGGGAAAAGUACUCUUGCUGCCUUUCUCGCCAAAAGCUUGUCGCAGUAUGGACGGGUUCUGUACUUCUUCUGCGAUAGAAAGAAUCCCGAGAAAAAUGAAUCGGUCUGCAUAUUAAGAACGCUUCUGGCGCAGCUCUUGCAAUAUGAACCAAGUAUGGCUGACCAGAUGCUGAGUACUUACCAGCAGAGUGGACGGGCUGUCCUGGACUUGCUGAGCAUGGCUUCUGAGUUAUACCAACACGCGAUUACCCAUCUGAAAGGCGAGAAGUGUUACUUUAUCUUAAUCGACGAUGAUACAGAUUAUUGGCGACAGUCCCUUAUCCCCAACGAUGACUCCGCGAGCAGAGCUCAAGGAGGAGUUAGUCGCACACAGGGCUCAAAUAAGCGCGCUCAGUACAAAUUCUUAUUUACAGGAAACAGGGAAGACAGCACCGCAUCCUGUCAUCUGCUGCAUUUGGACUCAAGAUAUAUACAGGACCAAGUUCACUCCUACGUACAAAGACGGAUCAAAGAGAUCCCGUCCAUUGUGAACACCGAUCUGGAAGAACAGGUUGCGAACAGAAUUUCAAAGCAGGCCGAUGGUCUGUGGUUGUAUGCACGGUUACUGAUGGAUGAUAUUGCGCGGGCGCCCAGCCGCAAAGUUGUCACAGAGUGUCUCUCAUCUCUGCCCCUGGGUCUUUCCGAGCUUUAUGACCGCAUAAUACAAGAGAAUAAUGGCCGACUAUUUGAUUACGAACGAAGAUUUGCCCUGUGGUUCUAUGUCUGGCUGGAUAUCAGCGACAUCUUGCCCAGUUCUCUACUUCAGGAGGAAGACCGUCUACCUCUUCAGAUCAUGGAGAUUGUGUUUCAGUACGUUAAUGAUGGGGAGCCUGUGUUUGACACGCCUGCAUUAGCAAAAAGACUGGCUGGCUCUUUGGUGGAUGUUCGUCGGACGAUUACAGGUUACGAAGUAGUAGCUGUUCACCAGUCUUUCUAUCAAUAUCUUUCGAAGGGGAGCCUUUGGACCAAAUCGGACAUAUUACUGCAGCCACUACGGACGAAGAAACUGCUACGAGGAAUUGUGGCUGUGUGGUAUUUCACCGAGUGCCCAGAGUCGCAGCAGCAUCUAGAUGAGUUAAGAAGUGCUUCUUCCGCUCCGAUCAGCUUUUACAAAUUUGAAUCCCACUUUUCCUUCCACUACGCUCUACUGCAAGCAUUGAAAUGCACAGGAUUGUGCUCCGAUGAGCUUUCCAAAGAAGACAUGAUGAUUCAGCAGCUUACCGAAUUCUUGACGUCCGGAAAAUGCUUGCGUUGGUUCGAAAUAGCAACCAUCAUUAACUUUGCCGGAAAUUUCAGCAAGCUUCUUGACAACGUCCUGGGCGCGCUCACAAAACUGUCUAAUAAACUUUCCAAAGAUGGCUGUAAUUCUCCAGCGUUAGCGGCCUUUAAUGAACACCGCGUGGCAUUCUUCAAGUAUUGGAAAUAUGUGCUGUUGAAGACGACACCCUGGGACCCUAAUCGCCAGAAGCCUAAAAAUGCUGGAAAUCGCGACCAGAUGGAGUGA